GUUCAAACACGCAAUUACAAUCGUUCGACAGUCUACGCAUCUGACCUGCUUCCCAUGUCUCCAGAGAGUAUCGAACGAGCUCCCUGCAGGUCAUCAGCUGUACAGAAGUUCCACCCAGGCCUCGAAGGUGAGAUUGCGGACGAAGGCUAUGAAUCGUUCGAUCAAUCAGCACCUGAAUCCUUCUCUGACGAGCGAAACAACGCCGUCCGGCGGAAGCUAUAUUUGCACCUACUACCGCUCAUGUGUGGUCUCUAUGGGUUAAACUAUGUUGACAAGGUGGCCAUAGUUUGGGCUGUGCCCUUCAGCUGAGAUCCUUGCGGAAGCUGAAAGGCGAGUUCCUCUGAAACUAUGUGACAGGCUACCAAGGGCGAAGGAAGAUCAUUUGCACAGUUAAGCCUUACAAUUUCGUUGAUUUUCUACACUGGAUCCUUCUCAGAUGAAACCGAAGCUCGCAGCU